CAACACCCUGAAGUUUGCAAACAUCGACGGAACCAACGAUGGAUCUUGAGCAUCAGCGAUGCUACAUAUAUCGACACAACGAGGAUGAAGAAAGACCGUCAAAGCGACAACGCAUCGAGAAGGCCGGUUUUCGAACGCAUCUAAAGGAGCGACUACAAACUUAUCGCGAUCUGUGGGCCAAGCAAGAACAGCGCAUUCAAGGUGCUCUCGAAGAAGCGGACAGUGCCACGCAAGGAAGCAUUGUUGACUUCGUCGCUACAGCAGAGUCAUCAACAGACGAGCCAAAGUUCGCCGUACCUACAGGCCUAGUCGUCGCAGGACCUAGUAUCGCCUCCCAUAGACCUUACUUUGAGCGACUGGGGCGCAAGAUUCGAGCAGACACGAACAGCGCUUAUAUUGUACUGACCGCUGGCGAAUGCCCGAACCUGAAGACAUUGCUCAAGCACCUAGUGAAGAAAGCAACAUCGCGGGUUGAGGAUGAAGACGAAGAUGACCUAGAUCAAUUAAUUAGACCUUCAAGAUAUGGUCCAAGGCUCCUGAACUACGAUCUUGGGCACAUCCAAGAAUGGCGAAAGAAAAAUCCGGUGUCAAGCGUCGUUGUCACCAUCCAGGACAGCGAAGCGUUCGACGCUGGGUUAUUGAUUGAUCUGAUCGAUCUGCUCCACUCAUGGCUUGAUCGCAUUCCAUUCGUGCUUCUGUUUGGUAUUGCUACGUCAGCAGAUAGCUUCGAAGACCGCUUGUCAGGGCAGUCUCUUCGGUACCUUGAAGGUGAAAGAUUCGACGUUACCCAGUCUGACGACAUCAUCGAAAAGUUGUUCAGUGCCACUGUUGCAAGCCUUAACAACAGCCUGUUCAUCGGCCCGCAACUGUGCCGUCGCAUGCUGGAUCGACAAAAAGACUAUGUGCAGAACGUGCAAGACUUCUGCGAUGGCCUCAGAUAUGCUUACAUGUCUCAUUUCUACGCUAGUGUUCCCAGUGUCUUCUUGACCGACGGACUGAAGUACAAAGAUACUCAAGCGGAUGCUCUCGAGGCAGUGCGCAACCUGCCAUCUUUCCGUCAGCACAUCGAGACCAGACUUGGGCAGGGAAACUUUGCCUGUCGCGGAGUUCGCACCUUGCUCGAAUCGGAUCAGGAACUGUUCGACAAGGUCAUACACGACACCUCUUCAGCCCAAGACAAGCUCUCCUUUCUGGCUCACGCAGUGAGCGUACUCUUUAGCGUCCGAGAAGCUCUUCAGAUGACACCAAAUGUCAAAGCAUCUACCAUCUGGAUACGAGCAGCGUCGGCAGACCUUGCAGAUUCACCUCUUCUCCGCGAGACAAUGCUGAGCCUCAAGAAGACACCGUCAAACAAGUUUGCGGACCUUCUGUCAACGUUGAGAACGCUCUCGAGUAAAAAAACGCUACCAUAUGAACGCGGGCACAAAGAUGCGGUUGCGACCAUGGACGUAAACGCGAUCCAGGAGGAGUUUGUCAGCAUACUCGCGCAAAAGGACACUUCUGCCCCAUUGCGCACAGAGCACGAUGUCCAGAAUGACAGCGUUCGCGCAACAGUCGUCGCACAGAAAGUGCUGCUUGAGAAGCACAAGGCGGCACUGUCUAAGCAGGACCAAGCGUACUCUGAUCUGGUUACACGCGUUCAUGGCCAGUUGACUUCAUUCUUCGAGAUGGCCCUCAUCGACCCGCAAACACUUCCCUCCUCCGAAGUCUUCAUGUAUGACCUCAAGUCUCCGCACAUUGAAGUCUUCCAGCCCAAGCCACGAUUUGCCGUCGAGCGUGCAAUGGCAUCUCCUCACGACUAUCUGGGCUGCGACUGUUGUGGCAGAGUCGACGGGAAGGAGUCCGCUCUUGGUGCUACACAGCCGGCCACCGCAAUUGUGUACCAGAUGUACCUUGAGUCCGGAGCGCUGAUCAACGUAACCGAUCUAUGGUCAGCCUUCAGGGCGAUUGCCGGAGACGAGGACGAUGAUGAUGAGUCCAAAACAAUGGCACUAUUCCAGCGAGCUCUUGCGGAGCUCAAAUACCUGGGCCUUCUUAGACCGACUAAGAAGAAGACCGACCACGUCGCCAAGGUCAUGUGGAAGGGUCUAUAAGGUCGUGUAUAUGCACAUUUACUAUUACAAACAC